AAUGUAUGUCCCAGUUAAACUGUUUAUCAAACCUCGAUUAAGCUAACUGAAAGGCUUAACUAGCAGUUAAGUUAAUCGCUAAUAUUUCCUCCAAUUAAACCGAUAACUGCCGGUUAAACUACAUAAUACCUAUGUAAUUGUUGUUUUUUUUAUCAACAAAAAUCAGAUAACAAAAUAUAUGCAAAUUUGACAUUUUCUAUCCUCGUUAUUUUUUUAUACUUGUACUUUAUACUCAAUACUUUCUAUCCUCGUUAUUAUUUUAUACCUGUACUUUAUACUCAAUACGAGUUACGACAAUACGUCAAUACCCAUCAUGGAACUCAUCAUGGACCAUGCUAUACUCUUUGAAGAUGACGAUGAUGAAUUUAACAUGUAUGUGAACUAUGUUCGAAGACCUUAUACUAUAAGAUGUAGGAUCGAUCAUUUUAAUAAAUGGGAUGAUUACGAUUUUAAAGCCCGAUUUCGAUUAUCUAAAGAGACGGUUAUUGAAGUUUUGAAUAUUAUAAAACAUUCUAUUUCAUCUAAUUCUGAUAGGAAUCAUGCUGUAACUCCAGUUCAAAAACUAUUGUUAACUUUACGGUUUUAUGCUACGGGGAGCUAUUUAAUUAGUGCAGGUGAUUUUAUUGGCGUUAGCAAAUCAUCAGCCUGCCUCAUAGUUCGAGAUGUAAGCCUGGCUAUAGCUAACCUCCGAAAAGAGUAUGUUCGAAUGCCAGAAAAUGAUUUGGAAAUUAGGCAGUUACAAAAAGAUUUUUAUAAAAUAGCGAAAUUUCCAUUGGUCAUUGGGGCUAUAGAUUGCACCCAUGUGAAAAUUCAAAGUCCUGGUGGCCCAAAUUCUGAGUAUUUUCGUAAUCGAAAGGGGUGGUUCUCAUUCAAUGUCCAAACAGUGGUAUCUUCAAAACUAAAAAUUAUGGAUAUAGUUGUACGCUGGCCGGGUUCAACUCACGAUUCAACUAUAUUCUCAAACUCAAAAAUAUACCAAGACUUACAUGUUACAAAGAAAUGGGGUAAUAGUUUAAUUGUUGCAGACUCUGGGUAUGCCAACACAGAUCAUGUUGUGACCCCAUUCCUUAAUCCACAACCUGGGCCAGAAAAUGUAUACAAUGAAUCGCAGAUAAGAACUAGAAAUCCAGUAGAGCGCACAUAUGGCGUGUGGAAACGCCGCUUUCCGAUAUUGUCCCUUGGAAUGAGAUUCCAAGUACAUAAGAUUCAAUCAGUUAUCAUUGCAUGUUCAGUUCUGCAUAACAUAGCAAUUGACAAAAAUGAUAAAAUUCCAUAUGAUAAUUCAAUCCAAUUACCAGAAGAUGUUCUAGAGAAUAUACCUAUAAUUCAAAAUAAUCAAAAUAAUGCUAGAUCUCGAUUAUUGAAUGAGUAUUUUUCACAACUGUAA